AUUCGUAAAUACCUACUUCCUUUCACCUGAAGAUAGAUACUUAGAAAAUUAUUUGUAUAUCGUGAACAGAAAAUCACAUAAUGAGUGUUAGCAGUGUUUAUGAUUAUCUUAUGAUUGACUUAGCAGAUCCGGUCACGCGUAAUUGGGCGUUAGUAGAAACGCCAUUCCCAAUAAUAAUUAUAACCUUUGCUUACUUGUAUUUUGUACUUUACGCCGGACCAAGUUACAUGAAGAAUCGACAAUCGUUUAAUUUGAGGAUUUUUAUAUUAUUUUAUAACGUAUUUCAAAUUCUUGCUAAUGCGUGGCUGGUGCACAGUUACGUAUCUGCCGGAUGGUUUACUAAAUAUAGCAUAAAAUGUAGUAAUAAUAAUGAUCUGACGAGUACAAAUGGUUCAAAGCUAAUAAUUAUUUCAUGGUGCGUUUUAGUAUUGAAACUAAUUGAUUAUAUCGAAACCUGUGUAUUUGUUUUACGAAAAAAACAAAAUCAAAUUACUACGUUGCAUUUAUAUCAUCAUAUGUCUACUGUCUUUACUGGAUGGUAUUUCCUCAAAUAUAUAGUGGAACCCAGACUAACAUUUGUGUGUUUAAUUAAUUGCUUUAUACAUGUUAUCAUGUAUAUAUAUUACUUUAUUGCAGCAUACAGCACAACCAUGCAACAAAAAGUAUCUGGUUUUAAACCUUAUGUUACGAAAUUACAAAUGACGCAGUUUGUUGCACUGAUAUACUAUGGACUACAGGCUUUCCUAGAUCCAGAAUGCAAAGUACCACAGCGAGCAGAAGCAUUUUUAUUCGUAUUUCUUUUGAACAUGCUACUAUUUCUCUACUUAUUUUAUGACUUUCAUAAAAAGACAUAUGGCACAAAACAGAAACAGAAAACUGCAAAACACGAAGAAUAAAAUUUAUGUAUGUA